CAGUUGACUUAGUCGAGCAUACACAGAUCACGAGUCCACUCUGCUACUCGAAAUACUACUGUAGUUCCCAAAACUCCAAAUGAAAAUGCGAACAGCACACGUUACUGAAAUCGAAACCCUUGGCGCCACCACGUCAUACCCCCCACUCCUCGCCGGAGGCCCCACCGCCGGCGCCCGGGCCCUCCUGCCCUCCGCCUCCGUGCCGCCAUGGCGGGAGCAGCUCACCCUCCGGGGCGUCGCCGUCGCGGCGGCGCUGGGUUCGCUGCUCUGCGUGGUGAUCCACCGCCUCAACCUCACCGUCGGGGUCAUCCCGGUCCUCAACGUCGCCUCCGGCCUCCUCGCCUUCUUCCUCACCACCUCCUGGCGGGCCGCCGCCGGGAGGCUAGGGUUCGGCCGCGGGAGCCCGUUCACCAGGCAGGAGAACACCGUCAUCCAGACCUGCGCCAUCGCGUGCGGCGGCCUCGCGUUCAGCGGGUGCUCGGUAUCGUAUAUCUUCGCCAUGGACAGGAAGACGUAUGAGCUCGUCGGUCCUGACUAUCCGGGUAACCGAGUGGAAGACAUCAAAGAUCCCUCGCUUGGUUGGAUGAUCGGGUUCCUGUUUCUCAUUGGCCUCCUCGGGCCAUUUGCUAUUGUCAUGCUGCGAAAGGUAUUGGUGAUUGAUUACAAGCUUGCAUUUCCUGGUGGGACAGCUACAGCUCUGAUGAUUAAUAGCUUGCAUGGAGAAAAAGAAGCUGAUGUUACAGGAAAGAAAGUCCGUUGCCUUGUAAAGUACAUGAGCCUUAGUUUUGCCUGGAGCUUCUUUAAGUGGUUCUUUAGUGGUGUUGGUGACUCAUGUGGUUUUGACAAUUUCCCAACAUUUGGAGUUGCAGCUUUUAAGAACACGUUUUAUUUCAACUUUAAUCCCAGUUAUGUUGGGUAUGGUCUUAUUUCUCCUCAUAUUGUUAACUGCUCAGUUUUUCUUGGGUCAGUCAUAUCAUGGGGUUUUCUUUGGCCAUUUAUCACUAAGCAAGCUGGUGAUUGGUACCCAGAUAACCUUAGUAGCAGUGACUUCAGAGGCCUGUAUGGUUACAAGGUUUUUGUAGCCAUUUCCAUCAUACUUGGAGAUGGCCUGUACAACUUGGUAAAAAUCUUUGUCGUCAUUGCAAGAGGAAUCUGUAUUGGGCAAUUGAGAAAAGGUGAUCAGCCUGUUCAAGCUCUUCAAGAUAACAAGAACUCUAGACAAUUAGUGGAUGACGAGCUUCAAACUGAGAUGUUCUUCAAAGAUAAGAUACCAACAUGGUUUGCUGUUUCUGGUUACAUUGUACUUGCAGCAGUAUCCACCGCUACUGUGCCCACCAUAUUUCCCCAGCUGAAGUGGCAUCUUGUGCUUGUCUGCUACUUACUUGCUCCGGCCAUUGCCUUCUGCAACUCCUACGGGAUGGGUCUCACAAACUUGAACCUUGCACCCACCUAUGGCAAGAUUGCCCUCUUUAUAUUUGCCUCACUCGUCGGCAGCAGUGAUGGUGGUGUCAUUGCCGGCCUUGCAGCAUCUGGCAUAAUCAUGUCCAUUGCCUGCUCUGCGGCAGAUCUGAUGCAGGACUUCAAGUGCGGCUACCUCACCCUCUCUUCACCACGUUCAAUGUUCAUUUCCCAGCUAACAGGCGUCGUGCUCGGAUGCAUCAUUGCUCCGCUCACACUGUGGCUCUUCUGGGCGGCCUUCGAUAUCGGUAAUCCUGAUGGUGAGUACAAGGCUCCGUUUGCCAUCAUCUUCAGGGAGAUGGCCAUUCUUGGGGUCAAAGGUGUUGCCGCUCUGCCUCAGCACUGCCUUGUGAUCUGUUGCGCAUUCUUCUUGGCCGCGAUGGCCGUCAAUCUCCUGAGGGAUGUGAUACCCGCCAGCGCGUCGAGAUUUAUCCCCAUACCGAUGGCGAUGGCUGUGCCGUUCUACAUUGGUGCGUUCUUCGGUGUGGACAUGUUGAUUGGGACGGUAAUCUUGUUCGUGUGGCAGAAGUUGAACGGGAGGGAUGCUGAUGACUAUGCGGUGGCCGUGGCGUCCGGGCUGAUCUGUGGGGAUGGGAUAUGGAGCAUUCCGUCUGCUGUUUUGUCCAUCCUGAGAAUUGAUCCACCGCUCUGCAUGGCCUUCAGGCCGUCCUCUGCCUUUUCCAGGUGAGAAGAUGGAUCCAAGGCUCACUCUAUGACAUGGAUUUCUGCCACAGAGUGAUGAAUCUCUGUAAUUUCAUACGCACGUACAGAGUAGACGUGAUGUGGAUCAUUUUACUCCUGUACAAAGGAAAACGAACCACAGCACUUUGGAGCCAUAUUGCUCCUAACUAACUGUACCAAACAUCACAUCACUUUCUUCCA